AUGGCGGAUGCGCAAGAUUCAUACGAUGCCCUCGCGCACGAGGAGGCCUCAGCAGCAGCCGCAGACGACACCUCGACGCUAGACGCGUUAGAAAAAGAAGCCAAAGAGUUCGACAAAGACGCCGAGAUCGACCGCAUCCUCAAGGCGUUCCGGCUCGACGCCUACGCAGUGCUAGACCUGCAGCCCGGUGUGCCCGAGUCCGACAUCAAAGCCGUAUACCGCAAAAAGUCCCUCCUGAUCCAUCCGGACAAGACCGCCAACCCCGCCGCGCCGGAUGCCUUCGACCGGCUCAAGAAAGCACAGACGGAGCUCAUGGACGAGAAGGCGCGGGAGCGGCUGGACGAGGCGAUUGCCGACGCGCGCAUGCUGCUGAUACGCGCCAACAAGUGGACCGUCGACAGCCCCGAGCUCAAGACGGCGGCGUUCAGGAAGCAGUGGCGCGAGAAGACGAGGGAGGUGCUGGUGGACAACGAGGUCAGGCGCAGGAAGCAGGUCAAGGCGCAAAUGCAGGAGGAGGGCCGGGCGCAGAAGAAGGAGGAGGCGGAGAUCGAGGAGAGGAAGCGGAAGAGGGAUCAUCAGGAGAAGUGGGAGGAGACGAGGGAGCAGCGCAUUGGGAGCUGGAGGGACUUCCAGAAGGGGAAGACGGGGGGUGCUGGGGGUGCUGGGGGUGCGGGGGGCGGGGAGAAGAAGAAAAAGAAGAUGAAGGUGCUUGGGUGA